AUGAAUAGUAGUAACAGUAAGAGCUUUGUAAUGAGUGAAACGAACGGUCAAACUAAUGGCUCCUCCAAUGGAGCCCAACCUCAGCAACGCAAUCCAUACGGACCUCACCCAUCUGACUUCCUUUCAAAUGUUUCUAGCUUCCAGUUGAUAGAGUCAACCUUGAGAGAAGGUGAGCAAUUUGCCAAUGCUUUCUUCACCACAGAGAAAAAGAUUGAAAUUGCCAAGGCGCUGGACGACUUUGGAGUGGAUUACAUCGAGUUGACCUCUCCUGUAGCUUCUGAGCAGUCAAGAUCCGACUGUGAAGCAAUCUGCAAAUUAGGCCUCAAGGCUAAGAUCUUAACUCAUAUUAGAUGCCAUAUGGACGAUGCUAGAGUGGCUGUGGAGACUGGUGUGGAUGGUGUUGAUGUUGUUAUUGGUACUUCUCAAUUUUUGAGACAAUUUAGUCACGGAAAGGACAUGUCCUACAUUACCAACCAAGCAAUCGAAGUGAUCGAAUUUGUCAAGUCCAAGGGAAUCGAAAUCAGAUUUUCCUCUGAAGAUUCCUUCCGUUCUGACAUCGUCGACCUUUUGAACAUCUACAGAACCGUUGAUAAGAUCGGUGUGAACAGAGUUGGUAUAGCUGACACCGUCGGUUGUGCCAACCCAAGACAAGUUUACGAGCUGGUUAAGACCCUUAAAUCUGUCGUUCACUGCGAUAUUGAGUGCCAUUUCCACGAUGACACUGGUUGUGCUAUAGCAAACGCUUACACGGCGUUGGAAGCUGGUGCCAAACUUAUCGACGUCUCCGUGUUGGGUAUCGGUGAGAGAAACGGUAUCACCCCUCUUGGUGGUUUGAUGGCUAGAAUGAUUGCCGCAGACAGAGAUUACGUUUUAUCCAAAUACAAACUGCAUAAACUGAGGGACUUAGAAACCUUAGUUGCCGAGGCUGUUCAAGUGAAUAUCCCAUUCAACAACCCAAUUACUGGUUUCUGUGCUUUCACUCACAAAGCCGGUAUUCAUGCCAAGGCCAUUCUAGCCAAUCCAUCCACAUACGAGAUCUUGCAACCAUCUGACUUUGGUUUAACUAGGUAUAUUCAUUUUGCCAACAGAUUAACUGGCUGGAAUGCUAUCAAAUCUCGUGUCGACCAGUUGAACUUGCAUUUGACUGAUGCUCAGUGCAAGGAGGUCACUGCCAAAAUUAAAAAGAUGGGAGACAUCAGACCAUUGAACAUUGACGAUGUUGACUCUAUCAUUAAGGAUUUCCAUGCUGAUAUCACCACCCCAGCAUUCCCUCCUGUUGCUACUAACAAUGACGAGGAUGUUGAGCCCGCCACCAAGAAACAAAGAUUAGAUCAAUAG